AUGGGAGGCAGUAAGGCACAUAUUCGAACAUGGGAGUUCAAUGCCUCUCGCGUGGUUCGUUUACUUUAUUCAACUGAUCAUGAAGCUACGGAUCAUAAAGUCAUUUCAAUGCCUGGCAUGUGCAAGACAUUAGUAAAGAUGACAAAGACCCGCCUUGACGCCUUAAAGAAGAAGAAGAACAGUGUGAUAAAGUUCUUAAAGAAUGAUAUGGCUGAUCUCAUUAGAACUGAUCUUGCUUACAAUGCUUUCUGCAGGGCAGAAGGGCUUCUGGUUGAGCAAAACAUGACAACCUGUUACAAUUUCAUUGAGCAGUUCUGUGGUUGUGUCUCAAGCAAUCUGUCACUCAUGAACAAAAAGAAGGAUUGCCCCGAGGAAUGCAACGAGGCUGUGCAAUCUCUAAUAUAUGCUGCAGCAAGAUUUUCUGAAUUCCCAGAAUUACGAGAUCUUCGUUCUGCAUUUAUUGAUAGAUAUGGACCUCCUCUUGAAUCAUUCGUUAAUAAAGAGUUUGUUGAGAUGUUGAAGCCAAAGUCUACCACAAAGGAGAUGAAGCUUCAAUUGAUGCACGACAUAGCACAAGAGUUCUCCAUUGAAUGGAAUUCAAAGUCUUUGGAACAGAAACUCUUUAAACCACCGCCUCAACAAGUAAGCUUCCUUUACUAA